GCCUGCGGCUGGACGGCAGCUCCGUCCUCACGGGCGCGCAGAGGGAGGAGCUCGCAGAGGUCGCGAGAGUUGCCGGCGAGACGCUCGCGGCCGCGAAGCAGCACGGCACAGUGGUGUUGGUCACAAACGCGCAGCGUGGCUGGAUCGAGCUGAGCUGUCAGAAGUUCAUGCCGUCGCUGGUGCCUGUCCUGGAGAACGUGAAGCUCUUGUCGGCCAGGACUGCGUACGAAUCUGCGGAGGUGUCGUCGCCCCUGGAGUGGAAGCUCCGCGCCUUCGAGGCUGAGAUCGGGCGCAUCUACAGGCCGACCACCACGCCGUCAGGCAUAUCGUCGUUGAUGCUUCUGGUCGGCACAACGUGGCGGGGGAGAUGGCUAGCCAUCCCAGUCCAAGUUCGUUCGGAAGGGCCCGCUUUUGCGACGUGA